AUGUCGUUAGAUGAUCAACCAACCAUGGAACCCUACCCGAAAAGAGUGAAAACUGAAUCUAGGGAUACGAACGGAACCUACAAGACUCAGAGUCCGACGAAACGUGUGAUGGAAGCCCUUUACUCGGAGUCCGUGGCGGCUAGAUUGUGGCACGUCGCGGCCAAGGCACUGGGAAGUACCAAUCCCCCGAUUCUUUUUCCCGAGUAUACCGGCAAAGACAGUGCCACUUAUGUCUACCGAAGCCUCGACUUCUGGACGUCUGGCUUCUUCCCGGGAUCUCUGUAUCUACUCCUCGAGCGAUUGAUGAAGUACCCUCAAGAUACACCAGUCUCUCAAUCGGCCAAAAAAGACGGCAACUCUUCAAUGCCCCAUCCACUUCAGCUUGAACACCUGUGCAAGUGGUGGACGGCCAACUUACAUCAAAACGCACUGAAACGUGACACCCACGAUCUGGGUUUUAUGAUCGCACCAUGGGCCAUGAAAGCCUGGGAGCUCCAGCGGGAUGCACCCGCAUUUAACAGUCUUGUCAUGGCGGCACACUCCCUUGCGAGUCGUUUCAACAGUACCACUCAGUGCCUGCAAAGCUGGGACGUCUGCGUCACGAAUCGGUACUCCUUCACAGAUCCUUCGAAGGACUUUCUCGUUAUCAUUGACAACAUGUUGAACCUGGACUUAUUGUUUUGGGCUGCCCGAGAGACCUCAAACACGUCGCUGUAUGAUAUUGCUCGGGCGCAUGCGAAGACCACACAGAAGCACCAUAUUCGGAAAGACAAUACCACAUUUCAUGUGGUGAACUUCGAUGCGGAGACCGGAAAUGUGAAAGCCAAGUUCACGAAUCAGGGCUAUAGUGAUGAUAGCUGCUGGGCGCGGGGUCAGGCUUGGGGGAUUCUGGGAUUCAUGCAGACAUUCAGGUGGACAGGCGACAAGUCCUUCCUUGACACGGCGAAGGCGCUGGCUGAUUAUUUCCUGGCGCAUCUCCCAGCUGAUGGCGUGCCUUAUUGGGACUUCACUGCGCCCAUCACUGAGACGAGCCCACGAGAUACCUCAGCAGCUAUGGUCGCUGCAUGUGGUCUUUUGCUGCUUCACAAGGCACUGAAAGGUACUCCGGAUGGAGACCGCUAUCUGCGAGAGGCGAUUAAUCUCGUCGAUGCCACAGUCACGAAGUUCUUGAAUCCGCCAACUCUUCGGUUUCAAACCACUCAAUCGACAUCUAAAGUACUGGUCUACCCGGAAGGCUGCUUGGAUGAGAACGACAGCGAUGGUUUUGAUAAUUUGACUGUUGGAGAUCUGUUAACUUCAAAACUGUGUGAUACAAUUCUGGAUGGUGCCACAAUCAACAACUACGAAUUCGCGCCCAGGAGGUGGGCUAAUCAUGGACUUGUCUAUGCGGACUACUACUUCCUCCUUUUUGGAAACAUGCUUCUCGAUUUGGGUUUAGUGAACGGGGGAUUUCAACGCAUUGAUUGA